GUCUCCUCCAACAGUCUCCUCCUGUGAAACUGGUGGACUUGAAGCUGGUCUAAUGUGGCUAGCUUGACUCAAAUCAUGUCUGACUCUGGAGAGGGUGAGGAUGAAUUCCAGUUUCUGCGUACGGGAGAUGAAGUCGUUCUGCAGAGUACCUUCACUUCCAAGGAGGAGCACGUGAAGCUCUGUCUUGCUGCUGAGGGAUUUGGCAGCAGACUGUGCAGGCUCGAGCCCACCUACAACUGCAAGAAUGUUCCUCCGGACUUGUCAGUCUGUGGCUUCGUCCUGUCCCAGUGUCUCUCCGUCCGAGCCCUGCAGGAGAUGCUGGCCCACAGCGAGCACCUGUCUGCAGAGGGGGGAGCUGGAGGCAGUCAUCGCACACUUCUGUACGGCCAGGCAGUGUUGUUCCUGCACUCGUACAGCGGCAUGUAUCUCAGUUGCUUGUCUUCAUCCCAGUCUUCGGCUGACAAGCUGGCCUUCGAUGUCUGCUUGCAGGAAGACAGAGCAGGUGAGGCGUGUUGGUGGACCGUCCACCCUGCAUCCAGACAGAGGUCGGAGGGCGAGAAGGUGCGUGUUGGAGAUGACCUCAUACUGGUCAACGUGUCUUCAGAAAGAUACCUGCAUCUGUCCCUUGGCGCCGCAUCUGACAACAAAAGCUUGAGUGACGGCCUGAUUGUGAAUGCAGCCUUCCAGCAGACUCUCUGGAAUGUGGCUCCCAUCUGCUCUGGAGGUGCUGUUGCUCAAGGAUACCUAAAGGGAGGUGAAACCUUGCGUCUGCUCCACAGCCACAGCGACGCAUGUCUGACUAUUCCCUCCACAGAGCAGGGAGAGGAGCUUCAAAGGAUAAUGCAUUAUGAGAUUGGAUCAGUCUCCAGCCACGCCCGCUCCCUCUGGAGGCUGGAGAUCCUGCGUGUUGUCUGGAGCGGCAGGCACACGGGCUGGGGUCAGCCGUUCAGACUGUGCCACGUGACUACUGGGAGGUACCUGGGUCUCACAGAGGAGAGAGGCCUGCAUCUGGUAGAUCGGGACAAAGCUGACAUCAACGCGACCUCCUUCUGCUUCCGCUCAUCAAAGGAGAAGCUCGAUCCCGGCGCAAAGGCGAAUGCCGAUGGUAUGGGAAUCCCAGAGAUCAAAUACGGAGACUCCAUUUGUUACGUUCAGCACGUAGACUCCGGGCUCUGGCUGACGUACCAAGCUGCCGAUGCCAAGUCUCGCUUGGGAGGUUCUCAGCGAAAAGCAGUGUUACACAGCGAGGGUCACAUGGACGACGGGCUGACGCUGUCUCGUUGUCAGAAGGAGGAAUCUCACACUGCCAGACUCAUCCGGAGCGCCGUUCUCCUCUUCACUCGCUUUAUAAGGGAGCUGACUGGUUUUAGUCAGGAAGGAAACCUUCCCUGUGUCAGCCUGCCAGUGGAGACAGUGAGAUGCAGUCUUGAGGAUCUAAUAAACUACUUCCAGCCUCCUCUGGAGGGACUGGGUCAUGAGGCUAAACAGAACAACCUGACAGCACUGAAAAACCGGCAGAACAUGUUCCAGGAAGAGGGUGUGAUAGAUUUGGUCCUGGACUGUAUCGACCAUCUGCACCAACGUAGCAGCGCUUCUCAUUUUGCUGAGGCUGCUCAGAGUGACACAGGGCAACAGUGGGAAGCCAUCCUCAACCGUUUCUAUGAGCUGCUGGCUGCUCUGAUCCGGGGAAACCGUGGAAACUGUGCACACUUCUCCGGUUCUUUAGACUGGCUGAUCAGCAGGCUGGACCGGCUGGAGGCCUCUUCUGGAGUCCUGGAGGUUCUACACUGCGUCCUUGUGGAAAGUCCCGAAGCACUCAAUGUCAUCAAAGACGGACACAUUCACUCUAUCAUCUCGUUUCUCGACAAGCACGGAUGCGACCACAAGGUGCUGGAGGUGCUGUGCUCUCUGUGCGUGUGCCACGGCGUGGCGGUGCGCUCCAAUCAGAACCUCAUCUGCGACAGCCUGCUGCCAGACAGGGAUUUGCUGCUCCAAACGCGUCUGGUUAAUCAGGUCACCAGCAUGAGACCAAAUAUCUUCCUGUCCGCGGGGGACGACUCGGCCCAGCACCGGAGGUGGUACUACGAGUUGGCCGUGGAUCGCGUCGACCCGUUCCUCACAUCUGAGCCCACACACCUGCGCGUCGGCUGGGCCUGCACCAAAGGCUACCGUCCGAGGCCCACCGGGGGAGAGGGCUGGGGGGGCGACGGUGUGGGGGACGACCUCUGCUCGUACGGCUUUGAUGGACUUCAGCUCUGGUCAGGCUGCGUGGGCCGAAAAGUCAGCUCUCCUUUCCCUCAUCUGCUGAAAGAUGAUGAUGUGGUGAGCUGCUGUCUUGACCUCACCGUCCCCUGCAUCUCCUUUCGGGUCAACGGCCUCCCUGUGCAGGGCAUGUUAGAGAACUUCAGCGCUAAUGGGCUUCUUUUUCCUGCGGUCAGCGUCUCUGCUGGAGUCAGGGUUCGUUUUCUGUUUGGAGGAAAGCAUGGAGAGUUUCGCUUCCUUCCCCCGCCCGGUUUUGCUUCAUGCUCUGAAGCGCUGCUCCCAAAAGUCAAACUGAAGGUAGAGCUGUGUCAGAAAUACAUCUCGGAUUGUGCAGAGGGGAAAAAAGACCUUAUUGGCCCCAUAGUGCCCCUCACUCCGGUUACCUUCACCCCAACACCAAUAGACCUCAGCAAGGUGCAGUUGCCCCCGCAACUUGAAGACAUCAGAGAAAAAAUGGCAGAGAACAUUCAUGAGCUCUGGGUAAUGGACAAGAUUGACCUUGGAUGGACACAUGGACAGGUGAGGGAUGAGUGUAAGAAGCACGAUCCGUGUCUGGUGGAGUUCUCCAAGCUGCCCGAGCACGAGAGAAACCAGAACCUUCAAAUGGCCCAGGACACACUUAGGACUCUCCUUGCUCUUGGCUUCCACAUUGGUUUGACAGAUGACCACGCUGAGGAGCAGGUCAAAUACACCAGACUUCCCUCCAAGUACGAGCAGCUCAGUGGAUACAGGCCGGCCCCGGUGGACCUGAGCCAAGUGUUUCUGACCUCCGCCCACGAGGAAGUGGUGAACCUGCUGGCAGAGAACGAACACAACGUGUGGGCCAGGGACCGCGUCAGACAGGGAUGGACGUAUGGAGGCCAACAGGAUAUAAAAGCCAAGCGGAGCCCGUAUCUGGUUCCCUACAGCCUCCUUGAUGAGAGGACCAGGAGAGUGGGCAGAGAGAGCGUGAGAGACGCUGUCUGUAUCCUGCUGGCAUACGGCUACAGCCUGGAGCCCCUCAACCAAGAGCGGACCACAUUAUCAAAGCCUUGUCUCUUCACCGCCGAGGAGUGCAGAGUGUUCAGACCAGAUAAAUCUUACGCCGUGACCCGGGGGAAGUGGUAUUUCGAAUUUGAAAUACUGACAGCGGGGGAUAUGCGAGUGGGCUGGGCCCGGCCGGGCUGCGCGCCCGAUAAAGAGCUCGGCUCAGAUGACCAGGCGUACGUCUUUGAUGGAUGUGAGGCUCAGUGGCACCACGAGGGCGGCGAGCCCCUGGGACGUCAGUGGCUCAGAGGUGAUGUGGUGGGCUGCUUGCUGGAUGUGGCCGAACGCACCAUGAUGGUCACGCUCAAUGGAGAAAUGCUGUUUAAUGACAGAGGAUCAGAACUGGCUGCCAAGGACUUUGAUAUCGGAGACGGCCUGUUGCCAGUGAUCAGUGUUGGUGUGAACCAGAUGGGAAGGCUGAACCUGGGCCGCCAGGUGGACUCCCUGCAGUUCUUUGCUGUGUGUGGCCUGCAGGAAGGCUAUAAACCUUUCGCUGCCAACAUGGCCAGAGACCCGGCCCUGUGGAUGAGCUGGAACCAGCCUCAGUUUACCUCCAUUCUGCCUAAUGAUCACAACUUACAGGUCGCAAGAGUCAGUGGCUUAACCGAGUCCUUAUCCAGCCUGAGGGUCUCUCAGCGGUUGGCGGCGCACCAUAGCGGAGGGAGCGAGAUGGGCUUUUACCGGCUCAGCAUGUCCAUCGAAUGCGCGGCCAUCCUCAGCUGCCCUGCAGGGGUCGUGCUUCCAGUGGCCUCCAGCUCUCUUUCUCCUUGUUCAGGAAGGAAAGAGCAGGAGGAGGUGGACUCAGACUUUGAAGUGCUGAUGAAGACGGCCCACAGCUUUGCCGGCUCCAGAGAUGAGCUCAACCAUAAGGAUCACAGCCACGACAAAACGUCGCGACUCAAACAACGGUUCAUGCUGAAGAGGACUAAGCCAGACUUAGUCUCCAGCAACUCAUCUGCACGGCUUCUGGAAGAUGUGGUAGUUGACAAUGAUAACUACAAUCACCUGGUCCAGAGCUCUAGAUAUUACUACUCAGUGAGAGUUCUUCCAGGCCAGGAGCCAUUUAAUGUGUGGGUAGGCUGGGUGACCUCUGACUUCCAUCAGUGUGACGUGACAUUUGACGCUGACAGUGUCCACACUGUGACUGUCACCCUCGGUGAUGACAGUGGCAAAGUGCAAGAAAGUGUGAGGCGUUGUAACUGUUACGUGGUGUGUGCUGGAGAGGCAACGGGUCUGUCUCAGAGUCGGAGAAGUGCAGGGUUGGAAAUCGGCUGUUUAAUUGACUCGGCCACUGGGCUUCUCACCUUUACCUCCAAUGGAGUGGAGAUGUCCACUUUCUACCAAGUGGAGGCAAGUACAAAGCUCUUCCCUGCUGUUUUUGUCAAACCAACCACCAGCAACAUGUUCCAGUUUGAACUGGGACGCAUCAAGAAUGUGAUGCCCCUGUCAUCCGGUUUGCUUCGCAGCCAAAGGCUGAAUGCCACGCCUCAGUGUCCUCCGAGGUUUCAAGUGCAGCAUCUCAGGCCUGUUUCAUGGACCAGAGUACCAGACCGUGCAUUAAAGGUUUUGGUAGACCGGCCAGACGAGCGCCACGGCUGGAUGGUCCAGUGCUGUGAGCCUCUGCAAGUCAUGACCCUUCACAUCCCUGAUGAAAACAGGUGUGUUGACAUAUUGGAACUGUCGGAAAAUGACGACCUCUUGACCUUCCAUCACAACACCCUCCUCCUGUACUGCUCUCUGUGCGCCCUUGGCAACACCAGAGUUUGCCAUGCCCUGUGCACUUACGUGGACCAGUCCCAGGUCUUAUAUGCUAUUCAGAAUCCUCACCUUCCCGGCCCGCUUCGCUCUGUGUUUUAUCAGCUGCUCAUUCAGGUUUACCUCAGCAGCCACACCACUGCUUGUCUCAUGAUGAACAAUGAAUACAUUGUUCCUAUGACGGACCAAACCAGAGAAAUCUCCCUUUAUCCCAGGCCUAUUACUGGUGUUAAUGGAGGAAAUGGUCAACCCCCCGAAGGGAUUCCCAGUCCCGGCCGUAGCACGUCCCUUAAACCGCAGAUGCAUUGUGCAUCUCCUUGUUUUGUCAGGGGUGAAGGGAUGGAAGGAGAUGACCCAGUUGAAAUAGCUUGCGCAGACAGCCCAGAAAUCCCUCUGGACGUACUGAAGACUCUGACUGUGGAUAUGCUGGCUGCUGGAGUUGGGGCUGUGGGCCAGGCAGUGAGGGAUCCUGCAGGAGGCAAUAUUGAGCUUUUUCUUGUUCCUCUGUUGAGACUCUUCUUUAGUCUUUUGGUUAUGGGGGUAUUUGGGGAUGAGGACCUUGGGACGGUUCUUCGACUGAUGGAGCCAGGCGUGUUCUCCACCGAUGCCGAAACCCACAAGGAGGAAGACGAGGAAGCCAGUGAUGAUGAAAAGGAAUGCAAAAAAGGAUGCAUCAAAGAAGACACUAUUCAACAAGGACUUCUUCAAAUGAAGCUUCCAGAAGCUGUCAAACUUGAGCUCUGCCAUCUGCUGUCGUACCUGUGUGACUGCCAGGUGCGCCACAGGGUGGAAGCUCUGGUUGCCUUCUCCGACAACUUUGUGGGGCAGCUGCAGGAAGACCAACGCUUCCGCUACAACCAGGUCAUGCAGGCUCUCAACAUGUCCGCCGCACUGACUGCCCGCAAGACCAAGGAGUUCCGCUUGCCUCCACAGGAGCAGAUCAAUAUGCUGCUGAGCUUCAGAGAGGAUGAAGACUGUUGUCCAUGUCCAGAGGAAAUCCAACGGCUUCUGCACAGCUUCCACCACCUCCUCAACACACACUGCGGCAUUCAAGUGGACAGUGACUCGGAGGAUGAAGAGGAUUCGGAGAUGUCUGUGAAAGAGCGACUUUUCAGUCUAGCGGCGAGAGUCAUUGGACUUAAUAAGAUACCUAAUGAACUAGAGGAUGGUAGAUCACACAGUUCCAAGUCCCUCAAAAAGCUGAUUUCUGAAACAAUGGUGCGCUGGGCUCAAGAGAGUGACAUGAAGGACCCUCACCUAGUUAGGGCCAUCUUCUCCUUACUCCACCGCCAGUAUCAAGGCCUCUCGGGGCAAAUGGAAGGACCCCUCAGCAAGGCCUACACAAUCAGCCAGGCUUCAGUGGAGGACACCAUGGCUCUGCUGUCGUCCCUCGGCCAAAUCCGCUCUCUCCUCAGUGUCCGUAUGGGCAAAGAAGAAGAGCGACUGAUGAUCAGAAGACUGGGAGACAUCAUGAAUAACAAAGUUUUCUACCAACACCCCAACCUAAUGAGGGCAUUGGGGAUGCAUGAGACCGUGAUGGAAGUGAUGGUCAAUGUUCUAGGAGAAGGACAAUCGAAGGAGAUUACGUUUCCCAAGAUGGUUGCCAGUUGCUGUCGAUUCCUGUGUUACUUUUGCCGCAUCAGCCGUCACAAUCAGGGAGCCCUGUUUGACCACCUCAGCUACUUAUUGGAAAACAGCAGUGUUGGCUUAGCUUCUCCGUCGAUGCGUGGGGCCACUCCUCUAGAUGUGGCAGCAGCCUCUGUUAUGGAUAAUAACGAACUGGCCUUAGCUCUGAGGGAACCUGACUUAGAGAAGGUGGUUCAGUACCUUGCUGGCUGUGGUCUCCAGAGCUGCCCCAUGUUGGUGGCCAAAGGCUAUUCUGAUAUUGGAUGGAACCCUGUGGAGGGCGAGCGGUACCUGGAUUUCCUGCGUUUUGCCGUCUUCUGCAAUGGUGAGAGUGUAGAGGAGAACGCUUACGUGGUGCUGAGGCUGCUGAUUCGCCGGCCUGAGUGUUUUGGCCCUGCGCUGCGAGGCGAUGAAGGAAACGGUCUCCUAGCAGCCAUGGAGGAAGCCAUCAGGAUCUCUGAGGACCCUUCUAUGGAUGGGCCUUGCACAACUUACCAGUCCAACAGAACACUAGAUGUUGUCCAGGACAGUGAUGAUGACCUCAUUCACAUGGGGCACGCCAUCAUGACCUUCUACUCGGCCCUUAUUGAUUUGCUGGGGCGCUGUGCUCCAGAAAUGCACUUGAUUCAAGGGGGCAAAGGAGAAGCCAUCCGCAUCAGGGCCAUUCUGAGGUCACUCAUCCCCAUCCAGGAUCUUGAGGGAGUCAUCAGCAUCUCCUUUCAAAUCCCUUCAGUGUCUAAAGAUGGUGUGUUGGUUGAGCCCGACUUAUCCACAGUGUUCUGCCCAGACCACAAGGCGGCGAUGGUUCUGUUCCUGGAUCGAGUUUAUGGCAUCGAGAACCAGAGUUUUCUUCUCCACCUCCUAGAAGUUGGCUUCCUGCCAGACCUCCAGGCUGCCGUUUCUCUAGACACGGCUGACUUGGGAUCCACUGAUAUGGCCCUGGCCCUCAACAGAUACCUGUGCACAGCUGUUCUUCCACUUCUCACCAAAUGUUCAGCCCUCUUCAACGAUUUAAAGGAUCAUACCCUGCUGGUUGAUUCUCUCAUCCAGGCAAUCUACCGCCUCUCGAGGACUCUGAGCUUGACCAAGGCACAGAGAGACACUACUGAAGAUUGUUUGUUGGCUUUGAGCAGUAAACUCCAGCCGUCUAUGAUGCAGCCUCUCCUUCGCCGGCUGGUCUUUGACGUUCCCCAUCUCUCAGACCACAGCCAAAUGCCGCUGAAGCUCUUGACCAGUCACUACGAGCAGAGGUGGAAGUACUACUCCCAAGUCGGUGGGCAUGGAGACCAGGGUUUGGCCUCUGAAGAGGAACUCCACCUUUCUAGAAAGUUGUUCUGGGGGGUAUUUAAGGCCCUAGCAAAGAAGCCCUGUACGCCUCAGUUGUUCAGGCUGUCUGUGCAGUGCCUGGCUGCAGUGGCCAGGGCUCUGCCACCUGACCACAUGGACUCGAGCUGUUCGUCUCAGAUGGAGAGAAUAACCUCCAUGGAAGCAGACGGACACUUUGACCCCCAACCCGUAGAUACCUCCAAUGUGUCAGUGCCAGAAAGAAUGGAGUUUGUAGUGAACAAGUAUGCAGAGCACACUCAUGAGAAGUGGUCGCUGGACAAGUUCGCCAACGGCUGGGUUCACGGGGAGCAGCUGUGCGAGAACACCAAGGUUCAUCCUCUCCUCAAGCCAUACAGGGCUUUGGCUGAGAAGGAGAAGGAGGCGUACCGCUGGGCCAUCAAACAGACUAUUAAGAGCAUGCUGGCCUUUGGCUGGACCGUGGAGAGGACCAAAGAAGGAGAUGCGUUUGGCAUGCACGCCUGUACACACAGGGUGUCUCAGUCUGGACAGCUGUCAUUUGAAGGAGCAUCGACAUUCAGCCCUAAAACUAUGGACAUGAGCAACAUCACUUUAUCAUGGGACCAGUGUGCCAUGGCUGAACAGUUGGCUGAAAACUACCACAACGCAUGGGCUAAGAAGAAAAAAGCUGAACUCGACACUAAAGGAGGGGGAGGCCACUCGAUGCUUGUACCCUAUGAUACCCUGAGCACCAAAGAGAAGACCAAAUUCAGAGAACGAGCCCAGGACAUCCUCAAGUUCCUUCUGCUCAACGGGUACACUGUGUGGAGGGAUCGGAAGACGGUGGAGACGGACUUCCCAGCCAUGGCCAGCAGCUUCGGUUACACCCUGCUUCAGCGGCUGCUGUCUCACACCGACGAGGCUCAAGAGGACAUGUUGCAGCUUGAGGUGAUGCAAGCCAGAGGACAGACGUCUAAAGGAGACAACGUUCCACACCAGCAGCCGAUCGUUUUUUUUCACAAGGUUAUUCUUCCCCUAUUGGAACAAUACGUGAAAAGCCACCAUCUGUAUUUCCUCUCGUCUUCACUCGGCUCAAAUGAUAAUAAAAGCCAUGCCUCAAAAAAGGAAAAGGAGAUGGUUGCGUGCCUCUUUUGUAAGCUGGCGGCUCUAGUGAGACACAGGAUCUCACUCUUUGGAAACGAAGCCUCGUCGGUCGCGAGCUGCCUCAUCGUUCUGGCUCAGGCCCUUGAUGCCAGGACGUUGGUGAAUUUGGCUCCAGAGUCCAUCCAGACAUCUCUGCAUUUGUUCUUUGAGGCAGCUGCAGCUGAUUUGGAGAUGACCGUGGACAAGCUUUCUGAGACUGUAGUCUUGCCUCAGAGCAGAGGCCAGCAGGCUAGAGGAGUAGCCAAGGUUCUCGGCUACACAAGCUCUGUUCUUAUCCCCACCCUCACUUCCCUCUUCCAUCAUCUUGCCAGCCACAACUAUGGAGUGGACCUCCUGGUUGGUGGCAUCCAGGUGUCGUGUUACAGGAUCUUGAACAGCCUGUACCGCCUUGGAACCAGCGGCAGCACCUUCAUGGAGGGGCAGAGGUCUGCAGCAGGUGCUUGUCUGGCGGCUCUGACUGGUGCCUUUCCCGUUUGUUUUCUGGAGCCUCAUCUAAACCAGAACAACCCUUACUCCAUCUACAACACCAUGAGCACCAAAGAGAUAAAUGACCAGGGGCUUCCUGAGCAGGUGGAGGACUUGUUUCCGAGCCUGCCCUCUCUGGAGCAGGCUCUGGGAGAAGUAAAGGAGUUGUCGAACGCCGGCGCGGGGGCUCGCCAGACGCACUACGUCCACGUGGCAGAAGUCACCAUGCCCAUGUUGUGCAGCUACGUUUCCCACUGGUGGCGCUGGGGCCCCGAGGGCCACCCCGGCCGCCCGGUCUGCACCUCAGUCGUCCCUCAGCAUGCCAGCGACCUGCUCGGCCACAUCCUCCGUAUCAUCCACAACCACAUGGGCUACAGCCAGGGCGACUGGAUGAAGCAGCUGGCAGUGUUCUCUCAGCCAAUCAUAUGCAAAGCCCGCGGCGAGCUGCUGAAGAGCCACUUCCUUCCACUGAUGGAAAAGUUGAGGAAGAGGACGGAGUGCGUGAUGCUGGAAGAGGAGCGCGCGAAAGCUGAGGGGUGUUGUACGUCAGAAGCAGAGUUGCAGAUACAGGAGAAGUUUUCGUUGCUGGUCCGAGAUCUUUACGCCUUCUAUCCCCUCCUCAUCCCGUUUGUGGAUGCUAAUCGAGCCAGAUGGCUGAAAGAGCCAAAUCCUGAGGCUGAGCAGCUGUUUGGCAUGGUGGCAGAGGUCUUUAUAUUCUGGGCCAAAUCUCAUAAUUUCAAAUGGGAGGAACAGAAUCACGUGGUUCAGAAUGAAAUCAACAACUUGGCUUUCUUGGUCAAUAACGACAAAGUGUCCAAGUUCAGGCAUGAGAAGAGGAAGAUGAAAAGGAAGGGGGAUCGUUAUUCCACACAAACCUCUCUCAUAGUAGCCUCCAUGAAGAGGCUGGUCCCGGUGGGGCUUAGGAUUUGCUUUCCAAGCAACCAGGACCUCAUCACACUGGCCAAGAAGGGCUUCUCUCAGAAAAACACUGAAGAUGAGAUACGAGAAAAUGUUUUCAGUUGUCUGAAACAUCUUCACGGCCAGGCGUCAAACAGCUCGAGGCAAGAGAUCCUUUCUGCCGAGCACCCCGCCCAGCUUGGGGCCAUCACUGAUGCACAAAGGACUGUGGAGGGGAUUCUGGAAAUAGCUCGAGUUCUUUAUUACCUGGACCAGGUGGAACACCCGCAGAGGAGUAAAAAACCUGCAUGGCACAGGGUCUUGUCUAAACAAAGGAAACGUGCGGUAGUGGCCUGUCUAAGGAUGACUCCCCUCUACAACUUACCCAGACACCGAGCUGUCAACCUGUUCAUCCAAGGCUACAAUAAAUCCUGGAUAUCGACUGAAGACCACAGCUUUGAGGAGAUGCUUGUGGAGGAUUUGGCUAAGGGGGGAGUAAUGGAGCUGUGCGGUGGCGACAAAGACGAAGAAAAGGAUGUGGAAGUAGGGCCCUCAGCGAUCGAUCCUCUCCUGCAACUCAUUACACUCUUCAGUCGCAGCGCGCUGACGGAAAGCAGUAAGCAUGGAAAUGACCUUCUGUACAAGUCCUACGCUGCAAUCAUGGCCAAGAGUUGCUGCAGAGAGGAUGGUGAUGAUGAAGAGCAGGAGGCGGAGAGCUUUGAAGAGAAGGAGAUGGAGAAACAGAAGCUGCUCUACCAGCAGGCCAGGUUGCAUCGUCGAGGAGCUGCUGAGAUGGUCCUUCAAACCAUCAGCUCCAGCAGAGGCACCAUGGGCUCCAUGGUUGCCCCUACGCUGAAGCUAGGUAUUGCAAUUCUCAACGGAGGGAACACCACUGUUCAACAGAAAAUGUUGGAUUAUCUGAAAGAGAAGCGAGAUGUUGGCUUCUUUCGGAGCAUGGCGGGACUCAUGCGGACAUGUAGUGUUCUGGAUCUGAGCGCAUUUGAGAGGCAGAACAAAGCAGAUGGAUUAGGCAUGGCCACGGACGAGAGCUCAGGGGAGAAGGUGAUGCCUGACAAAGACCUCACUUGUGACCUGUUCCGAUUCCUGCAGCUGCUCUGUGAAGGUCACAACUCAGAUUUUCAGAAUUACUUGAGAACACAAACAGGCAACAACACCACGGUCAACAUCAUUAUAUCCACUGUGGAUUAUUUGCUAAGAGUGCAGGAAUCAAUCAGCGACUUCUUCUGGUACUACUCGGGGAAGAAGGUGAUUGAUGCACAAGGCCAACAUAACUUCUCCAAAGCCAUUGAGGUGGCAAAACAGGUCUUCAACACACUCACUGAGUACAUACAGGGACCGUGCACUGGGAACCAACAGAGUCUCGCUCACAGUCGUCUAUGGGACGCCGUGGUGGGGUUCCUGCACGUCUUUGCUCAGCUGCAGAUGAAACUCUCUCAGGAUUCAAGGCAAAUUGAACUUCUGAAAGAGCUCCUGGAUUUACAGAAGGACAUGGUUGUGUUUUUGCUUUCCAUGCUGGAAGGUAACGUUGUCAAUGGAACUAUUGGAAAGCAGAUGGUGGACAUGUUGGUGGAAUCGUCCGGAAAUGUGGAGAUGAUCAUCAAGUUUUUUGACAUGUUCCUCAAACUUAAAGACUUCACGUCCUCGGACGCCUUCAGCGAGUAUGACCGCGAUCGGAAGGGCAGCAUAUCCAAGAAGGACUUUCAGAGAGCCAUGGAAAAUUGCAAGCGCUUCUCCCAAGCUGAAACUCACUUCCUGCUCUCCUGCACGGAGGCUGACGAUAGUGAAAUUGUGGACUACGAAGCCUUCGUGGAUCGCUUCCACGAGCCGGCGAAAGACAUCGGCUUCAGCAUCGCCGUCCUUCUCACCAACUUGUCCGAACACAUGCCCAACGAUUCGAGACUGAGGACGUUCCUGGAGCUGGCAGAGUGCGUCUUGACUUACUUCGAGCCCUGCCUUGGGCGGAUUGAGAUCCUUGGCAGCGGGAAGCGUUUCGAACGUGUCUACUUUGAGAUCAGUGAAUACAGCCGCACUCAGUGGGAAAAGCCCCAGGUCAAAGAGUCCAAAAGGCAGUUCAUUUUUGACGUAGUCAACGAGGGCGGCGAGAAGGAGAAAAUGGAGAUGUUCGUCAAUUUCUGUGAGGACACCAUCUUUGAGAUGCAGCUCGCCGCCCAGAUAUCCGACUCUAAUGCUGGAGAGAGGUCUACGGGAAACGAAGAGGAAGAGAAGACGAGUGAGGAAAAGAGCCUGGACAGCACAGGAAGGUUCUUCUUGUACCGCUGGUGCUUCUUGCUGACAUGUCUGUUUUCCGUGAAAAGCCUAAAGACAUUAAUGAAUUUGACUCUGAGGGACGUCCUCACGGCAGCGAUUUCAUUCCUCAGGUUAAUUUUUACGGCCCAGGUCCGGUGCGUUUGUGUUGUAGUCCGUGGCUUCGUGUAUGUGCUGUACUUGGCCUUCGUAAGUGGGGGGCUCAUAGAGGGAGCCAAACGGAUGAGGAUAUCCGACUUGCUUGGUGGCAUCCUUGACCCGACUCUUGAUGAGGUCAUGGACGUGCCAAGCGGCGUGGAUCGGCUGAGGAGGUUCUCUUCCAGUUUCUCGUCCCAGAGAGAAUUGAGGGAGAUUGGGCAGAUGGCAGCUGUGACCUCCCACAGAGAGGCGAAUGUACUGUCGGACAUAUUUGGCCUCAAACUAAAGAAGGAGGGCAGUCAGUACAGAAUUAUAACGCAGGACCUCACCGCCAGUCUCUCUGACCUGUUCAGCACCACCUCGCGAACAAUUGCUGACAUUUCUGAGGCGCAACAGGCAGCGCAGUUUAAAGACCGCACAGCCACAGAGGACAAAGCUGAGGCAGAGACGAUGCCUGAUUCAGAAAACACAGAAGGGAAGACGUCUGAGAAGAAAACUGGGAAUGAGAAAUCACAAGACGGAUGGAGAGCGAAGGGAUGCUUAAAUAAGUCAAAGGAGCCACACGGCCAACAAUCUGCCAUCUGGGACAUGAUAAGCGCUCGCAACAAGAGCCUGCUGAACUACUUCGCAAGGAAUUUUUAUAACAUACGCUUACUGGCUCUGUUUGUUGCCUUCGCCAUCAACUUCAUCCUUCUCUUCUACAAGGUCACGUCGUUGCCUCCUUUGAAAGAAGACGAGGAAGUUAUCGCAUCCGUUCGCAGCGAGCAGCCGGCCCCCGCUGCUGAAGACGACAGCAGAGGCAGAGAUUAUUUUGUGCUGGAGGAGAGCAGUGGAUACAUGGAGCCCUCUCUCCAUUUCCUGGCAGUAGCACACACAAUCAUCUCCUUCUGCUGCAUUAUUGGUUACUACCGCCUCAAGCUGCCAUUAGUGAUCUUCAAACGCGAGAAGGAAGUGGCGCGGAGGCUGGAGUUUGACGGGCUGUACGUGACGGAGCAGCCCCCCGAGGAGGACAUCAAAGGACAGUGGGACCGACUGGUCAUUAACACGCCAUCAUUUCCGAGCAAUUACUGGGAUAAAUUUGUGAAGAGGAAGGUGAUGGAUAAGUACGGCGACUUGUACGGCUGCGAGAAGAUCAGUGAACUCCUCGGUCUGGACAGGGCCGCUUUGGACUUCAGCGCCGAGACCAGAGAAAAGAAGAGGCUCAGGAGAGACGCUGCCUGGGGUCCUGUGUUUAACUCCAUUGACUUGAAGUACCAGGUCUGGAAACUAGGAGUUGUGUUCACUGACAAUUCCUUCUUGUACUUGGCCUGGUACAUGAUUAUGUCAGUUCUGGGUCAUUAUAACAACUUCUUCUUCGCUGCGCACCUUUUGGACAUCGCUAUGGGUUUCAAGACACUCCGUACCAUCCUUUCUUCUGUGACACACAAUGGGAAACAGCUGGUCCUGACUGUGGGCCUGUUGGCAGUUGUGGUGUAUCUCUACACGGUCGUAGCCUUCAACUUCUUCCGAAAGUUUUACAACAAGAGCGAUGACAAUGACACCGAAGACAUGAAGUGCAAUGACAUGCUCACUUGUUACAUGUUCCACAUGUACGUGGGAGUACGUGCAGGAGGUGGCAUUGGUGACGAGAUCGAGGAUCCCGCCGGGGAUGAGUUCGAGGUGGAACGCAUCAUCUUUGACAUCACGUUUUUCUUCUUCGUCAUCGUCAUCCUCCUGGCCAUCAUCCAAGGUUUAAUUAUUGAUGCCUUUGGAGAGCUUCGAGACCAGCAGGAGCAGGUGAAAGAGGACAUGGAGACCAAAUGUUUCAUAUGUGGAAUAGGAAGCGAAUACUUUGACACCGUCCCUCAUGGCUUCGAGACUCACACUCUGCAGGAGCACAACUUGGCCAAUUAUCUAUUCUUUCUGAUGUACCUCAUUAACAAGGAUGAAACUGAGCACACGGGGCAGGAAUCCUAUGUGUGGAAAAUGUACCAGGAGCGUUGCUGGGAAUUCUUUCCUGUGGGAGACUGUUUCCGUAAGCAAUAUGAAGAUCAACUGGGAUGAAAGGAAAUCUGAGCGUCUAAAACCUCAAUAGAUGGCGUCAUUAAACAGAAGCUGCCUUGAUUGAUGUUCAAUUUCAAUUCAUUCAAUUUGUGUGUUUCCAUAUAUUUAUUUUAGGUUUGAGUGUGUUUUCUCUCAAGUAUCCCAAAUUAUAUAUACAUAUAUAUAUAUAUAUAUAUAUAUAUAUAUAUAUAUAAAAUUUAUAUAUAUAAAAUUUAUAUCGAUUCAAUUACAAAAGAAUGAGGACCACCAGUUUGUGUUUCGCUCCAGAAUGAAUGUUUGUUUUGGGUGUCGUGUGGGUAGGAAGUUACUCAUUUCAGUUGUUUGUUGAGUCUAUUUCUGAACUAGCUGGAGUAGUGUGACAGUUUACACAUCAUUAUCUCCCACAGUUAAAGCUAGAAAUUCAAAAAUUGAGUCCCACAACGUUUUGCCGGCUUGAUGUGUCUCAUGUAUUCUGAAUAAACUGAUUUGUCUGUCUAA